UAUUUUUUUGGGGUGAUAAAAAGGUGCAAUUUUUAUUAAUGGGUUUGUCUUAUUUUUAUUGAAAGUUAAGAUUUUUUUUAUGGUAUUGAUUGACUUGGCUUUUGGGAUUCCAACUAUUGUUGUUUUGUGUUUUUUUGUGUUUCACUGUUUUGUUUUCUGCUUCAUUCAAUCUUGAUUUCAUUGGGAACAGUAAAAGGAAAAAAAAAAAAAAAAAAGGUUCUUUCUUGUUGAAAAGGAUCUUACUUUAAGUCAGGGAGAGAAAAAUUAUGCAAACCCUUUGUACCUUUUUUUGGUUGCUUGGUAGAUAGAAGAAAGAAUAGGGAUUAUUUGUUGAGUAAAUUCAAAGUGUAAUUGAGAAAUGGAAGGUGAUAUAUUUGGAGAAUUAGGUGAUACAAGUCAAGUAGAUAGUAGAGUUUUACAUGUAUUUCAGAAGAGCUUAGUGCAAGCACAAGAUAUUUUGAAUCAAAAUCGGCUUUUAAUCAACCAGAUAAACCAAAAUCAUGAGUCUAGGAUUCCUGAUAAUCUGAGCAGAAAUGUUAGUUUGAUUAAAGAGCUGAAUAGUAAUAUCAGAAGAGUGGUUGAUCUCUAUGCUGAUCUUUCGAGUUCGUUUACCAAAUCGCGUGAGGCUUCGUCUGAAGGAGAUUCAAGUGGAACUCUCAAAUCUGAUGGAAAAGUUAACCAGAAGAGAAUUAGAUCAAGUUAACAGGUUCAAUUUGAGGUUUCAUAUGAGGCAGUGAAGUGAAGAAAUUUAUUCUGAUACUGAAAGGAAUGAAUUUUUCUGGUGAGAUUAUGUGUAACUUCUUCAAGGUUUCUUCUGUGCCAAUUCCACUCAUAUUGGUUUUAUGUAUGAUUAAACCAUCAAUUUAGUCUCUAAAGCAUGGCUUUCACAAUUUUAGUUUCUAAAGUAUGUAAAUAUCAUAAGUAGUUCAUGAAGUAUAUGAAAUCCGUUACUUUAGUCCAUAAAGUAUAUUAAAAUACAUCAUUUUAGUCCCUACCAUCUUAAUGGUAGGGACUGAAGUGACGAAUUUUAAAUACUUUGAGGAUUGUUUAUUAUAUUUAUAUACAUUAAGGACUAAAUUGGAGAUAAUGUGAUACUUUUGAGACUAAUUGAUGGUUUAUUCUUGUAUGUUUAAAAAGGCAUAGAGUUUUAGUUGAUAAUCUAAUUAUUGUAGCAUCAAUUUAAGGAUUUCACAGUUGUGAUUUCCUGUAACACUGUUAGUAUAUCAUGAAAUGAAACAUAUUCAUGGAUCAGUUAAUCAAAUUUCCAAGAUUUAACUUGUGGAUUAUUUA